AUGUCUUUGUUCAAAUAUUUCUUUCAAUUGACAAUAUAUUAUAUUUCACUUGCUUUUGACCAAUUUCAAUAUAAAUUUUUUGAUGGUAAGGGGGGAGUACGUUGUUCUUUUUAUUUCUGCAAUCCAAUACUUUUCUCUAUUAAAACUGUUCAAUUGAGUAAAUAUUCAAAUGUUCAUAUAAAUUUAUCUUAUAUUCAAUACUAA